AUGAAGAGACAGUCGAUUUUUGCAUGUACUACCUGCUGUGGGGCUGACAAAGAACCUGCUGGGUUCUGCAUUGGUUGUCUUCGUUGCCACGAUGGUCAUGAGAUUAUCAAUCUUUACACUAAACGAAAUUUUCGCUGUGAUUGCGGAAAUAGCAAAUUCGAGACGAAUAAAUGUUCUUUGUUCCCGGAUAAAGAUCCGCUAAACAUAAGCAACAAAUAUGGUCAGAAUUUCAAGGGCUCAUACUGCACUUGUCAUAGACCAUAUCCAGAUCCGGAAAAUGACAUACCCGAUGAAAUGGUUCAGUGUGUAAUUUGUGAGGACUGGUUCCACACAAGGGUGAGAAAGCUGAAACUGGUUUCCAAUCUGAACGCCACUUCAGGUGAAGUCAUAUGCCAGAAUUGCACGUCUUCUCUGCCGUUUAUUUCUGCAUAUUGCAAUGUCACAGAAGGCGCAGCUGACGGCGACGUAAACGGAUACAACACUAAUCAAAUUCUUAUGCAUGAGAAUCUCCUGUUUAGGAGGAAGUUGAAGGACGAAGACGAACGAAAGGCGAAGAGGGACGAAGAGGCAAUGCGAAAAGAAAUUGGCGGCUGUGGACCAUAUAGUACAGAACGACGCUGUCUCAUAUUAUUGGACAAAAUAAGUGGAAUCCACUGA